GCCUUAGUUCCGCUGGUUACGACACGACACCCUUCUCCCCAAAACCGAUACAUUGUAGGAUUGGGAUAUGAAGCGGUGUGUGUACACAGCUCUCGCUCAUUGUUUACCCUUUUAGUAUCGGCGAUGGGUGUCCACGCGCUUGGUCGCGGCACCCUUCACUUUCGACAGAUAACGCUGAAACUUGAGAAGAAGUCUGAAUAACUAGUGCUUAGAGACAUUAGGUAAAACAAAAGAAUUUGUCGCCCUCGGAGGUGAUCGAAGGUGUAUUUGCAUGUAACACUUGAAGGGAAAAAAACCCAGAAAAAAUACCAGUGCAUACCUACUAAAUAUCGGAAUUAUUAAACAAUUGCGAAUUGGGAUUUAGAAUGAAAAAAACGAAAAGAAGAUAUUUUACGAAAUACUGUGAAAAAUUGUGACUUUGGGAAAUAAAACUGGAUACACGAACGAAACCAAAAUUCAAGUAACAAUGACAGCGUCCAUUGUAGGACCUCGGUCAUCGACGCCAAAGCUCACCCAAGCCCAAAACAGGACACUUCCAAAGGUCCCCAAACCCCAGGUCACCGAAUCCAAGAAGCCUGGCAAACAUGGAAGAGCUCUUCCGUUGGUGCCUGCUGCCACACAGCAUCAAGAGGGUCACAAACUAUCUAGAUCACUUCCGAGGGUGCCCGCUCCUCUUGUCCUGAAAACCCCUCCCGGAACAUCAGGCUCGGGGUCUUCAAACAAGAGCAACAACACGAACCCGGCCAUUCCGACGGUGCCCAAAACUACCACCAGACAGCUGCCAAAGAUACCGAGGACAAUCGCGAUCCAAAACAAGAAACAGGAACAGGACAGGAAAAAGUACAUGCACUCCAUCUACAAGUCCGAGGGGGACGACCACUUAAGGAAAGGCGAAUUGGAGAAAGCUCUUGAAUCGUACCACAGCGCUCUGAAGUUGAUCCCGGAGGACAAGUCGACGUUAGUGGCGAGAUCAAGAUGCCACCAGCUGCUGGGGCGCCACCGGAAGGCCAUGCAGGAUGUGGAGUCAGCACUGAGUUUAGACCCGCUCUGUUACGAGGCCCUGUAUCAGAAAGCAGAGCUUCAUUAUCAGCAGAGGGAAUACGAGAUGGCGCUGGUGUUUUUUAACAAGGGACACAAGCAGAGGCCCGACAUGAAGGCUUUCCAAGAAGGACUAGAGAGGACGCAAGACGCCAUUAACAGAUCCGACUCUGCUCGAAACCGACGGUUAGCAAAGGUUGGAGACAUCUCCUUUUUCCUUCCUAAAAAGAAGAAAGAUACGAAACGAAGAGUACAGCUACCUCCUGAGCCUCCAGAUAAAAAACCUCGAGAUCUCGCAACCCCGGGCUUCCGGCUACGCCAUCAAAACCCAUUGGUCAAAAUAGAGCGGGGGUCCAGAGAGUCAUUGGUCACAGAUAUUAACGAUAUCGAGAUGACCAGUGAAAAUGACGUCACAGAGAAAAGGAUGAAACAAAUUCUUGGCAGGAUGUACAACGACAAAAAAUACCUCGAACAGCUGGUAGAACAAGCAGGUGGGUUGACUGUGGGGUCUGUUGACCUUCAUUCAAUGGCAGAGAAUGGGCUCGACUUCCUGUAUGACCGUGUGUUGUAUUGGGUGAGACAGGGGAGAAUUAUCCCCCCUGAAGCUCCCUCAGACCCAGCGGAGAAACCCACACAACACGACAGCAAUAGUAUCCUGCCCAGCAUCAACUCCCCCAGGUCCGACUCCAGCAGGGAUACCAAGGUCAACACCAAGCCCAAGGUCUCUAGGAAACAGAUGCUGCUGAAUGAGGAUAAAACUCAGCCAAAGUCAUGGUUUCGAUACCUGGAGAAGAAAAAAGCGGCAGAAAAUUCUACGAGGAAGAACAACCAAACUCGGUUUCUUCACGUGCUCGAAGGCCAACGGUUACAGCUAAAGGAGAAUCUAGAAAACAGGAAACCUCUUACGCCAAUCAAACAAACCAAACCUCAGAUAAGAGACAGAAAGUCGAAGAAAACGGGACGAAAGUCAAAGGAACGGGAUAGGGAUCAGAGUGUUUCUGACACAGAAUCUUGUCUGAAUAUUAGUUUUAGUACCUACCGACAGCCGAGUGAUCUGUAUCAUGACCACCAUUCUCUAGAGGACACGAGCGCCUUCCACACAAUAAGAGAAGAGUCUCCGUUACCACUAAGGGUUGUUCCUUUGCAGAACUCAAGAGUACAAGGGUGGUCGAAGAAAGACAGAAGUUCACAAGAGGCCGCCAAAAGGGAGCAAAUUCAAAUUUAUAUAACAAGGGAGCUUGAAGAUAUUGAAAUAGCAUAUGUGGAUGGUCGCUACGCCGAUUGCAUGCAUCAAUCUGAGUCUUGUUUAAACACCAUGAAAUCCUUCACCGAAAUCCAAGUUCCCAACCUUAUGUCUGUCAUUGCAAAAUUACAUAGUUACGUUGGCAACGCUGCCAUAGAGACACGUGACUAUCUGACAGCACUGGACCAUCACGAGAGAGACUUGCUGAUUGGAGAAGAAAAUAAUGAUGAUGAUGCAGUAUCAAGAGCCCUAGGAAAUUUGGGCAGAAUAUUUGUCUUCCAGAAUAAACACCAGCAGGCUUUAGAACUGUUCUCUAGAAAAGUUCCUUUAUGCAAGACAAGGCUGGAGACUGCAUGGCUCUACCACGAGAUCGGGAACUGUUUCCUUGUUCUUGGCCAGUAUAAAUUCGCCAUGGAGGCCGCCCACCGAUCGCUAAAGGCUGCCGAGGAGGCGGUGGAGUGGAGCUAUCAACUUCAGUCUCUCGUCCUCUUGGGCGUGGCUGAAGUUAAAUUAAAACAUUACACCAAUGCAAUUAAUACCUUUGAACGAGCAAGAGAGCAGGCGCGGAUGCAAGGGGACAACAAGGCCGAGGAAGCUAUAACGGAGGCAUUAAAUGAUGUAAACACAAAAAUGAUAGAGGAAACGAGAACAGCUCGCGGCGAUCACAGCAGAUCAGAGCGAGGCUAUCCCCGAUCACGUGCCGAAUAUUCGGACAAGUAUACAUACAACCCCAGAUCACGUGCUGAGUGGUCAGACUAUUCAAGCAUAUUCAUUCCUGACGAUGAUGGCGACGUGUCUCUUACCGAAACCGGAUAUGACACAGACAAUUUGCAUCUCGAUCUCGAUCAAUUAAGGGGUGAUUUGGAAACGUCUUUGUUUGGAUCUCAAGCGGCUUUACGAAGCGGGAGACAUUCAACAAAGUUACCUACUUCAGAGGUCCGCAAGUCAAUGAUGAAUCUUCAUCUCAUGCAAUCACCAGGACGGAGACCAAACUCCUCUACAUACAUUCGAAGUAACACGGCGAUGGGCUAAGAGAAAGCUCAAUUAUAUGAGAAUUAUUUCGACUGUGAUAUUAUUGUUCAUUUUUGUUGUUACUUCCUUCUUCAUGACUUGAUUAUUUGAGUUGAUAUCAUUUAUACAUGAAUGUAAAUAAUUUAGAUGUAAUAAUCGGCACCCUUUAGAUGCACUCUGUUCGGCUUACGUUGUUUUGUUGUGUCGGCAGUAAUCCACACGUAACCUUCAUGUAAUUAGUCUCUCAUCUUUUGUUAUCAAUGUAUCAACGAGUGAAUUGAAACUCGCUCACUUUCUCUUUUUCACUCUCGUUGUUUGUGGUGCUAAAGUUUUCUGUAUGUUUUAUUUUAGAUUUCACCAUCAUACAGUUGGAUUAUGUUUGGUCUCGUUUCAUUUUCGGAGACAAAAUAUGAAUAUCCGUUUUUCCUGACAAACAUUUUUCAUUGAUUAAUUGUGUAAAUCAUGGUUACCAUUUGCUAUUUCAUAUUUUCGGUCUAAUGCAGAUAUAAAAGAUUCCAUGCAUCCCUUAAUCUUAUAUACAUGUACAUAUUUAUUCUUUAAUUUACAUACCUUUAUAUUCAAAGUAUCAUAUCACAAAAAAGUCCAAACAUUCAUUUACAGAAAUUUAAUAUUCAAAAUUCGUAAAUGACACAUUUUUUGUCGGGGGAGGCUUGGUUUGAUAGUUUUUUGAAAUCAUUUAUUUUCAAUUUAUUUUUAAUGUGUUUUUUUUUUAGUUCUUCUUUAUAAUGGGGGUUUUUUUUGGGGGGGGGGGGUGAACAACAUGCACUUGACACAGAAAUAGCUUCAUGAAAAUAACCAUACAUCGUAUUGAAUCCAUCCAUAAAUAAACAAAUGCAAGCUUUUCUCCAUCUUGAGUAUAAUUUUGUUUCGUUUUCUGAAAAGCAAACAUUUGUUACAUAUGGUAUUGAUAACAUACUCACGACUCGCUCUUUUACUACGCAAUUGAUUGUCUCAGUAAAUAUGUACUCCAUUUCGUUUUUUCCGGUUUUGUCCGUUAUUUCCCGGAGUAUGUAUUUACACGUGAAGACAUAAUUCUGUUCUGUAACAUUGAUAAGUACCAAUUUUUGUAUAAAUGCUAGUACUUUAUACACUGUUUAUAUUUGCAUGCAACAAUGAAGUAUUAUCAAUAAAUCAAAGUACUGAAGAACU